CCGUCCCUUCUCAUUCCUGAGCGGCCCCUAUAAAAAUCCCAGGACUCCCUUGCUCUGCAGCAGACCUUAACGUGUGUUCACAUCCUGAACAAACCAGGAUGACAGGGAUUAUUCUGUUCCUCUUGUUUCUCGGGUUUCCUCUUGACAAGGCAGAGGAGCAUGUUGUCAACGAGCUGUACACUCUGAUAGAAAAGGGCCAGACCGGCUUUGUUGACCCAGCAUCGAGCAACCAGAGCUGGCUGGUGGUUAAAGAGCCCUCCCUGCCAAUCAACGAGCUUCUCGAGAAGAGCAGCAAGACCAGCGAGUCCAAGUUCACCCUCCAUCCUCUCCCCUCAGCCGUCUGGCCCAAACACAGUGACCUGGCCCCCCUCCCUCGCCACCACAGCCCGCACAACAAGAGCAAGAAGGGCCCCAAGAGCGACCGUCUGGUGGAGCACAACAGCGAGAAAACCAGAGGAGAAGUUGCCGGUCUGCUCCCCAAAACUUUGCUGACGGCAGCCACAGCAGCUGCCACAAACAUCAACAACAACAACAACAACCGCACUGUGCAGAAACCAAACCAGGACACCCAGUCCAACAUCAGUCCUCCUCAGCAGAGCGAACCAGAGGGACACCCCAACUCCAGACCCAGGCCUCCAGUCCAAACACAACCUCAGGUGCAGCCGCAUCAACCGGCACCUUCCCCACGCAGAGACCCCCCAAACCGACGUCUGGACCCAGAGGAGAACCGGCCAGGAAAGUCCAGCCUCUAUCAGUCGGGUAUUGGUGCAGCGACCCGGAACAACAGCCGCCCUCCUGUGGUCUUUAACCGGCGCUCCUCCAGCCUGCUCUACCAGUUUGACAUCUUAAGGCGAGAGUCUUCUGACUUCACCCAUGACGCCUUCUGCAUGAGCGAGUGCAGGAAGGAGAAGGAAGAGAGAGAGUAUUACUGCUACAGUGAGUUUGCCAUCAACGGGAUUGUUCACGACAUUGACGUCUUGCGUAAAGGGAUCCGCCUCAUUACUCUGAUGGUGAGCAGCGACGGUUUCUACAAGAUGAGUCGUCUCUACGUGACCCCAGACAGCUUUUUCUUUAAAGUUCGCCUUCUGGUCUUGGACACCUACAAAUGCAGCAAGCCCUGCCCUGACAUCAAACUUGGGACACGAUACAUUGUGAUGGGCCAGAUCUACCACCGGAGGCGCCAUCUUCCCACCGACCUCCUGAACCUCCUGGGAGGUAAACUGAAGCCUGGAGACGGCCUCCUGCGAAGUAACAACUAUGUCAAGAGGUUCAACAAACGGAGGCACCAGAAGGCCCUGGAGGCAACCCGCUCCAGGUGUAGGUGAACCAAAAACCGGACUAUCGCCCCCUGCUGCAGGGGAAGAGACAUUGCAGCCUGAACUUAAGAAGUAUCCCCUCAGUAUUGUGUAAGACAGAAGACACUUUUCAGACAUCGUGGAUUUAUUUUCUUAUGGACUGCUAUCAUGUUUCUGUAUCCAGGUCAUCUUUCUCUUACUCUUUUGUUUAGUUCUUUUAAGUACCGACUUAUGACGCAUUUAUGGAAAAUACAAGUUGCUUAAUUUAAGUGUUUCUUUAAUGAUAAUUUGCUAACAUUUAGGUAUCAAAGAAGCCCCCAUCAGCCCCAUAAUCAUGUUUCAAACUAGCAGCUAGACUCAAAUCCUCAUUAAUUCAUGGCUGGUUCAUGAAGCCCCCAAAUUGAAAAUGUUUAAAUUAUAUUGGGAAAUAUGUCUUGUAAUCAUAACACUAUUUGUUAUUCUUGUUAUUUAAUCUCCUGUGAGGAACUUUCAGUUUGUGUCAAUGAUGGCGCCCCCUAUGGACAAAGCAGUAUCACUUAGGCCCUGUGUCCACAGACAGCGUUAUGCGCUGGCAGCGCUUGUUUUCAAUACAAAACCUAGUAGUUCAGCAUUUUCAGUACUCAGCACCCUGAGAGCUAAAAUGCCCUCGCGACAGAAGUUUGUUCCCACUGCGCUCACAGAGGUCUCAGUUGAAAACAAUUAAACUGUUGGAACAGCGUUGUGCUUGUCAAUGUCACUUCUCCCUCACCGACCAAUCAGAAUCAAGACGUGGAGGGACUGGAGAUGGUAGUAUGACUCCACUUUUUCAGGUGUGCUGCUGAUGCCAGGACACGACUCCUUUACAUUGUUUUGAUGUUUUCUUGGUGAUAUGUCCUUGAAUUAAAGCAAAUAUUUAACACACGGAGCUAUCUAAAAUACACCUAACUGUCACUAGAGAGGGAAGCUCAAAAAUUAACAUAACCUAGCAACAAUGAGUUGAGCUGGUGAGAAGCGCUCUAAAACGAAGGUUCUGAACGCUUCCAGCUGUGGACUCAAGCCCUGAUCUCGUUGCAGAUCCUUCCCACGUGUAGGCUGUGUUUUCUGACAAAAAAUCUCAUUUUGAUUUCUUUGAACAGUCUAAUGUCUCACCAAUCAAUCCAUCAAUCUUUGCUGUUAAAAAUGUAAAAAAAAAAAAAAAGACAGUUUAAUAAUCCAACACCUACACUGGAGCAGUGGUUUCAGGCCUUAAACAUUUACAAUUUAUAAUUACAUUAUCUUGUUGCUGAUGGCUUUGUUUGCCUUUAGAAGUCAUAGAAAAUUAUCAGUAUUAAUUUCCAGUUGCUGUCUACAUUUAAGAACAAGUAGGAGUCUUGGAUCUCAACGUACAAGUCCAUUAUUUGAAUCAUGCAGAUUUGAUGGUUUAUGUAUCUAAAUUGAAAGGAAUGCAUAAUGUUGUAUUGCACUGAGUAGUAUUGUUUUGUAGCACCCCGAUCCCGUACAUGUUGUCACUGUGGUUGUUUUUGAGUAGCAGGAAAUGCACUGUUAUUGUUCCAAGGACAAAAGGGAGGGAAUGAAGGGCCUGAAAAAAAAAGCUUCCACAAACCUCAGCAGAGAGAAGAGAGCACAAGACCUUCGCUUGUCAUGAGAGCGGCUUGUUUUUCUAACUUUAAUUAUGUGUCCACGAUGAAAUAUCUGCCUGAGUAGACCGGGACAUCAAAAGGGGCCUUGCUGAAUGAAGAGGGGGGUUUGUUGUUGUAGGGACUACGGCAUAAAUCCAAUCGCAGGAAUCUGAUCCUCUCCACACCUGGACACAAGUGCCUCCUUCACUUCACCUCUUUGGGGUGGAUCUUGUUUUCUUGCUUACACACAAACACAUUCUCCUCUACAUAGGCCAAAGCUAAAAAAAAUAAA